AAAUGUGGUCCAUGACGUUUCUCAGUUCUUCAGGGUUGCAAAUAAAAUGGCCUGUGGUAGAGAAGAAGACUGCUGCAGAGAGCUGUGGGGCAGUGUGUUUGCCAGAUACUCAGCCCUCUGGCUUCCCUUCCUGCUCACACUCCCAAAGCCCCCACACCCAGAAGGCCAAGGCACUGGAUGCCCACCUUCCCAGCCUGAAGAGGAGGAGGCUCAAUGAACACACUGGAGCCAAUGGGAUACCCAGGAUCUUUACUCAGUAUGAAUGUGAGGUGCAGAAGAGUCAGAGGAGACCAGCCAACCUGUUGGAGACAAUCGACCAUCACAGUGGAGGAAACGGCGAUGGUGUGAUGGGAGAGGAGAAGGUAUUGUGUUUUCUGUGAGACACUGUGGUCUGUCCUGAUUAACAGGUUUAUAAGAAGAACUUACCACUCCAUGGGACCGAACAAUAUGUGGUACGCGGAUGGUUAUGAUAAACUUGAGCCGGUUUUGCUCUUUCAGGC